AGAAGGAGGUAAAAUGCUUUGAUUGUGACUGCUGCAGAAAUGUAGUUUUACAAUAACCACUCACUCACAUUCAUGAUAUAUUGCUGCGACUUUUGAAUUUUGAGAUAUCAAUACCAAUAAUAACAUUUGACAACAAGUCAAGCAGCACCAUGUGUGAUCUUGAGACCCUCAAAACCAUAAAGGAAUUCUUUAUUGCCAGUGAACAACGUGUGGAAAUACUUAAGAAAAACCUGGUUGAUUAUGGUGUCAAUGAAAGCAGCAGUUCAUCAGAGGAAGAUCAGGUGGAUUCAUUGUCAGUGUCACCUAGUGAAGCAGGAAAGAAGAGGAAGGUUCCGAUUAAAAACAGACCGAAAGCAGAGGAUAAAGUAUCCAUGAAGAGACAGUGUAAGGAAAACGAUUUAUUACCUGUCAUUCCAACCACUGCUAGUGUUACUGGACCAGUGGAAACCAGAUGUGUUACAGCUAGGAAGAGUUUAGAUAGUACAUUAGACAAACCAAAAACUGGACCAGUAUUGGACACCAGAUGUGCUACAGUUAGGAAGAGUUUAGAGAGUACAUUAGACAUACCAAGAACUGAACCAGUAGUGGACACCAGAUGUGCUACAGCUAGGAAGAGUUUAGAUAGUAUGUUAAAACCAAGAACUGGACCAGUAUUGGACACCAGAAGUGCUACAGCUAGGAAGAGUUUAGAUAGUACGUUAGAUAUACAAAGAAUAGCGGAAACUUUUGAAAGCAAGCAUUAUGGAAGGAAAAAUGUAGAAUUGGAAGAGAGUAAAGAAGAAUUAAAUCAUAAUCAAUUUCCUGUUGUGAAUCCUCUUAAGAGGCCUGUGUAUCAAUUUGUAGUAAAAGCAAAGAGUCCAAAAUGCAGAUUUUUGGAAGGACAAUCAACCUCAUCUGUCAAUCUAGAGUCAGGGUGUAGGACUGUUGGUGAAAAGAAAUCUCCGAAGUUAUCUGCAUCUGAGGUGAAGUUGCAUAGAAUUGCACAAACACAGACUUCAGGAAAACCGAAACAUUAUUGUAGAUCCAAGGUAUUUUCUAUCACAUCCCCUCAUACAUACUCAGCAAAUGGAAUAUCAUCCGUUUCAUUUUCGGUAUUUGAUGAACAUGCCAGUAGUCGAAGUGAGGAUGCGUCAUCACCGAAGAAAUAUCCUUUCUGUUCAAGCUAUGAAAGUUCUGUGUGCUCUCCUCUGAUGGGAGGAAAAGAUAAUGCAAUGAUUGAGAAAUCUAUGUUACAGAAUCAGUUACAACCCCAAAGUGCUCCUGAAAACAAAUUAUCAAACAGUGAUGCAGAGCUACAGACAACACAGGAACCAUCAAAUAUCAAUACAGACACAGCUAGUGCUACAGGUGCUAGUCUCUGGCCUCAUCGGUUACGCUUUUAUCAGAAUUCAAGAUUAAGUGCCAACUUCUUGCCACAGGCAAAUUCAUUUUCGUAUAAUUGGAAGGCGAACUUUAAGAAAACUUGCAAUGAAUACAGUGUACCUUACUUUGACUCUCAUUGCCACAUUGACUUCCUGUUUAACCGACAGAGGUUCUGUGGUUCUUGGAGUAGAUUCAAGGCUGUUAAUCAGGAGACAUUUCCUGACAACUUUGCUGGAUGUGUGGCUGUGUUCUGCAACCCACUCACAUUCAAACCAGAAGGACUGUGGAAGGAUGUGUCCUAUGAGAGUGAUGUGUGGCUGGCAUUUGGUUGUCAUCCUAAAAGUGCCACUGACUUCUCCCUUCAGAGGUGGUAUGGACUGAAAGACUGUCUUCAGCACAAGAAGGUAGUGGCUCUGGGAGAAAUAGGACUGGACUAUUCAGGGACGUUUAAGCAGCACAUGGAUAUCCAGAAGAUUGUGUUCAGGAAACAGAUACAGAUAGCUCUGGAGAUGACAAAGCCACUUGUCAUCCAUUGUAGAGAUGCAGAGGAAGACUGUCUGCAGAUUUUGAUAGAGAUGGUGCCCAAGAACUACAAGAUCCAUUGUCACUGUUUCACUGGGGACUAUGCUGGAGCAAAGCGCUGGCUAGAAACCUUUCCCAGCCUGUAUAUUGGAUUGACCCCCAUGGUGACCUACCGGCAGUGUGUGCAGACCCAUGAUGUGGCCCGCUCCAUUCCACUGAAUCGCUUGCUACUGGAGACUGAUGCACCAUACUUCUUGCCAAGAAAAAUUCCUAAGGAGGAGAUGCCAUUCUCCCAUCCUGGAAUGGCUGUGACUGUGGCAGAGAGAGUGGCUUAUUUUCAGCAGUGUUCUGUACAGAAUGUUCUAGUGGCUUGCAGGAACAACAUGAGGGAAAUGUAUGGAAUAUAGGAGAUAACUAGGACGAUGAUAGCUCGACCAUCUCAGAAUGUUUUUGUAUUGACUGUCCUAGAAUUAAAUGUGUGGGUUUACUUUUUGAGGUGUGUGGCACACCUGUUAAUGUGAUCUUUUAGCCACCUGAGCCAAAUUCUGAAGUAAGCUUUUGUUAUCUAAAUUUGUAUGUUGUCUAUCCAGGGGUGAGGUGGAACUACAGUAGGAUAUUGAAGUUUUAAAUGGAAUAUGUAGGGAAAAUUUUUUCUCAAGAACAACAGGGUCAAGAUUAGAGGUAUUGAAUGCAGGCAUCUCAUGUAGUGUAGAUUCAAAGGAUGAAGUGAAAUAACUAUAUGCUAAUGGCCCCAAAUAUAUUUAUCAAAAUAAAUUUUCUUGUUUCAUGUUAAGAUUUACUUGAUUCAACUCAUAAACAUUUGUACUUUAAUAAUUUUAAUAUUACAUGGCACAUAAAUUUGCAUAACUCUUGUGUUUAACCUUAGGGUUUCAUCAUUAGCUGAAAUUCUUAUCUAGGCAUUUGGCCCUGCCCAUACUUUUAUACAUCUGGAAAUCUAUGGGAAUGGGCACAGUGUUAAAAAUAAUGUGAUUUGUAAAGAGGGAAAGCACAAAGUCUUUUCAUAUUUCUAAAUUGAAUGCUGUCCUUGGUGUUUAAACCCACCCACUUCGUUUAUUGUUAUUCAUGAAGGAGUGAAAGAUUACAGACAUGACAAAAAGUGCUCAUUACAAGAGUUAAAAAUCUUUUGAUUUUUCAGCAUCUUAUGAAAGAAAACAAAGGUUCAGAACUAUUAAAACUAUUCAGAAGCCAUUGUUAGUGGUGUCAUGUGUAUAAAAUAUUAACUUUUGUUCAGUAGAAUUACUUUUGUUGACCACAGAAAUAGGGGCUGAAUCCAGUAGUUAUUUUACCUCAUCCUUUAUUCAAAUCAUGCAGGUGAGGGUAGGAUGGGACCACUAUAAGGGAAUGAAGUUUUACUUGAGAAAUAUAGGGGGGGGGGGGGGGUUGAAAAUCUAUUCUCAAGAGCAACAGGGCAUGAUUAGUUAUGCAAGCAUCCUGAAAUGGUGCCGAUUCAAUUCAUUUUCUUCAAAUCAAUGCCCUGGGGGAAGGUUGGGCUACAGUAUGGGUUCAAAGUUUACAUGGGAAUAUAUCUUUUGAAAAUAGGUCUAAUUUACAUUAUCCUUUUAGUUCACCUGAGCUGAAAGAUCAAGUGAGCUCUUCUGAUCAUCUGUCCAUUCAUCCGUUUUUGUCUGUUCUUAAACUUUUGACAUUUUCAUCUUCUCCAGAAUCACUUUGCCAUUAUGAUUCAAACUUGGCUUAAAGCAUUCUUGGAUAAAGAGAUACUAAGUUGUUCAUUUGAGGAACCAUGCUCCCUUGCAAGUUAAUUGGCAAUGUCUUGAAAUAGUGAGUUAGAUUCAAAUUCUUCUUCUCAAGAACAGUGGGCCAAAAAUUCUUGAAACUUUUGUGCAAAUUUCCUUAAAGAAUGCAGAUUCAAAAUUGUUCAAAUCAUGGCCCCUGAGGGUAGGAUGGGGCCAUGAUUGGGGAUCAAAGUUUUGAAUGGAGAUAUAAAGAUAAAAAGCAAAAGCAUUUGAAAUCUUUUGAGUACAGCAGUGCCUUAAUGAGACAUUAAUAUAUGCAAGCAUCCUGGAGUUACUGUAAUACAGAUUAUAGUUUGUUCAAUUCAUGGUCAUGUUAGGACCACAACAAGGGCAUGGGAUUUUAUAUUGAAAUGUAUAGGAAUCUUUUUUUUCAAGAGUAGCAGGGCCAUAAUUAGUCAUGAUAGGCAAACAUCCUCAGGUAGUGCAGUGUCCCAGAAGUUGAAUGAUGCCAUAAUAGGGGAUCAAAGUUUUACAUUGGAAUAUAUAAUAAAAGUCUAAAAUUCUUAGAACAGUUAAA